AUGGAGGAGGCAGGAGAGGAAGAACGGAUGCAGAUGGAGGUGGAUGGAUGGAAGAUGCAGCUGGUGGGCCUGGAUGGGGAAGAUCCACGCAUGUGCCACUUGGAGGUUGGCCCGGGGGCUCCCUUGGGUGCAGUGCCCCCACCAUGGUUCACCCAUCCCCCCCACGCAGUGGUGGUGAUGUGCAUGCACUCGGUGCUGCUGGGCGGCGAGGAGCAGCGGGUGCUUCUGGAGAAGGCAGAGGACAUGGGCAUGACCGACGGCACCUACGUCUUCAUCCCCUACGACGCGCUCACCUUCCCCCUGCCCUACCACCACGUGCCCUACCCCAUCCUGGCCAACAGCACCAAGCUGCGCCUGGCCUACGACGCUGUGCUCACCAUCACCAUCGACUCGCCCGACGUCAGCUUCCACGAGGCCCUGCGCCAGGCCCAGGAGGCCUACGAGAUCCCCGCGCACAUCGACCCCACGCAGGUCCACCCGCUCUUUGCCACCAUCUACAACUCCAUCUACUUCCUGGCCAACGCGGUGGAGGCCACGCGGCGCACGGGCCGCUGGGUGAUGGGCACCAGCGUGGCCGAGCACGCUCGCGGCUUCCAACUGGAGGGCUUCUGCCAGCCGUUCUCCGUCACCGAGGACGGGGACGUCAGCGUCCCCUACGUGGUGUUGGACACGGAUGGCAAAGGCGAUCGGCUGUGGCCAGUCUACGGGCUGGAGCCCGGCACACGAGGGCUGGGCUACCGCGGCCACUCCGUCCACUGGCCCCACGGCUCCAGCCCCGGCACGGACUCGGGGUGCUGGUUUGAGUCGGGCUCCAUCUGCAAUGGGGGUGAGUGGGGGGCUCCUGCCCCGCGUUGUGUCCGUUUGUCUGGCUGGGCCCGUGUGGGUCCCUUGGUCUCGCUGUCUGAGCUGAGUUGGUCAACCAGCUGGGAGGCUUGGUGUGUGUCCAUCUGUCCCUCUGGCCUUCCAUCCUCUGCUUGUCCAUCCCUCUGUCCAUCCUCCAUCCCUUCCCUCCACCCAGCCCCUCAUCCCUCU